CAACAUUUUAAUUUUAGGGCAGAGUAUCCCUUUAAGUAAAUUUGUUUGCAGAUGGCACUUGGUUUCAUAUUUUGCAUCAUAUGUAAUUGCCAUUUACAUUUUAAGUGUGACUUUAGAGUCCAAAAGGGUUCCGUGUCCAAACUUUUCUUUUAUUCUAGAUUCGGAGAAGGCGUAUCAGUUUUCUUUUUUUUCUUUUUUACUAAGAUGUUUAAAAUAUUUUUCAAGCACUACGCUGAGCUAUUUAUAAUGAGCACACAAAUAUGAGCCAAGGCUAAUGAGUUAUGUUUGAUAUCUGAGAUAAUUGCAAGGUUUGUUUUGGCUAACACUUAACAUUUACCACAUUCAUGAUGAGUGCAAUUUAUAUAACUGUUUUGGUCUUGAGUCAUAUACAAAUAAUUUCCGAAUGCUAACUAUUUUAUUAAAUUCCUCAUAGUUCUUUUUUUUUUUUUUGCUUUGUGAGAAAAUAUUCUCAAUCUCUAGUUAGACUUCAGCCAUACUGCCCUGGAUGGCAACACAUUUUCCAGUCCCUCCUGCUGAAAGCAACCCAGAGCAUGAUGGUGCCACCAGCAUGCAUGACGGACCUGUUCCCAGAGAGAGGGGAGAUUCUAGUCUCAGCCCAGGACUUGAAAUUGGUUCUACAAGUUGAAAGAAAUCUGGAGCUCCUGGGUUACGACUUCACUGAAACUCACUAUGAGAAUGGCCUCCCUGUCACCCAAACCAGCAAUCACACAGAUCAUUGCUUCUAUCACGGGAGGGUCAGAGGUCACGCCGACUCGUGGGUCGCUCUGAGCACAUGUUUCGGAAUGAGAGGUUUGAUUGUCUUGAACUCAAAUGAUACAUACUACCUGGAGCCAAUCGGAGGCCAGGAAGUUCUCCAUCACACCUUCUAUCGCACUGAAGACCUGCCGGUCAAAACCGGCACCUGUGGACACAGCCAUCAGACUGGACACAUCAGCCUGUUCAGUGGUCAUCUUAAACCUUUGCAUCAAAGGGUUAGACGAAAUGCCUGGGGAACUACAAAGUACAUGGAACUGUAUAUAGUAGCUGACAACACACUGUACAGAAAGCAAAACAAGGACCUUGACAAAACUAAAAUGAGGAUAAUGGAAAUUGCAAAUUAUGUAGAUAAGUUCUACAGAGAACUGAACAUCCGCGUACCUCUGAUUGGUCUAGAGGUUUGGACUGAACAUGAUCAGUGCAUCAUCAAUGAGGAGCCAAAUUCGACUCUUUGGUCCUUCCUACAGUGGAGACAGAAACUCAAAUCCCGCAAGAAACAUGACAAUGCACAACUACUCACUGGUGUGAUUUUCAAGGGCACCACCAUUGGCAUGGCUCCGCUGGAGGGCAUGUGCAGUCACGAGAACUCGGGCGGCAUCAAUGUGGACCACUCUGAAUUGCCCAUUGGGGCGGCUGCCACCAUGGCACAUGAGAUUGGCCAUAACUUUGGCAUGGGCCAUGACCAUGAGGGCUGUUGUGUGGAGGCCACUGCAGAUCAGGGUGGAUGUGUCAUGGCGGCAGCUACAGGGCACCCCUUUCCAAAAGUUUUCAGCCGCUGUAGCAAAAAAGACUUGGACAACUACUUCCAGAAGGGAGGAGGAAUGUGCCUGUUCAACAUGCCCAACAUGAAGGAUCUGGUCGGUGGCAAGAGGUGUGGAAACGGCUUUGUAGAGGAAGGGGAGGAGUGUGACUGUGGAGAACCAGAGGAGUGCACCAAUGAUUGCUGCCACCCCAGCAAUUGCACUUUGAAGGUGGAUGCACAGUGUGCCCACGGGGUCUGCUGUGAGGACUGCAAGCUGAAGCAGGCCGGCACCAUGUGCCGAGGAGCAGCCGGUGCUUGUGAUCUACCGGAAUACUGCACGGGAGGUUCUCCCUACUGCCCCUCUAAUGUUUACCUCCUGGAUGGGUCAUUGUGUCAGCAUGGCCGUGCCUACUGCUAUAAUGGCAUGUGUCUGACCCAUGAACAGCAGUGCCUGCAGCUGUGGGGUUAUGGUGCGCAGCCGGCACAUGACGCCUGUUUUCAGGAUGUGAACGCAGCAGGGAAUGCCUUUGGAAACUGUGGCAAGGACAGUCAUGGAAACUACGUAAAGUGUGAGAAAAUUGAUGCCAAAUGUGGUAAGAUACAGUGCCACAGUGCUGCCAAGAAACCAAAGGGCACCAAUGCUGUGUCCAUAGACACCACUAUCCGCACAGACGGCAUUGAGGUGAAGUGCCGGGGCACAUAUGUUUACAGCACCCAAGAUGGGCAGGGCGAUCUUCCAGACCCUGGACUGGUCAUGACAGGCACCAAGUGUGGAGAGGGGAAGGUGUGCAAAGAUCGACGAUGUCAAAAUGCAUCUUUUACUGAGUUACACACCUGCAUCGCUCGUUGCCAUGGGCAUGGGGUGUGUAACAGUAAUGGGAACUGCCACUGUAACCGUGGGUGGGCCCCCCCCUUCUGUGAGAAACCAGGACUUGGGGGAAGUCUGGACAGUGGACCUGUGCAGUAUGACAGUCAGGUGGGAUUGGUUGUUGGGCUGCUCUUUGCUUUUCUAGUGCUUCUCCCUGCUGUACUUAUUGCCUUCUACUGCAUCAAGAUAAAAAGCUCCUACUAUCACAAGUGGAGAACACAGAGAGAGAAGAGCAAAGCCAGCAGAAAUGAGGGCUCUGUUGAAAAGGGGAAGAAUGGCCACCUAAACCAUGCUUUCCAUCUGAAGGUGGUGGGACCCUCCAACAGAAGUGGUAAUCCCAAGCUACCUCACACCAGCAAAGAGGUGCUUCCUCUGAGGCCAAACCCAGCUUCCAACGGUACUCAGCCUGUCAAUAUCGUCCGUCCCCUCCGACCAGCUCCAUCGCCAUCACUGAGCAACAUCGAAGGACCUCGACCUCCUCCACCUAUCAGCAAAACGCCCAACUCACCCAGCACACCCAAAUCUGUAGCAUCACCUCAGAAACUCAGUCCUCCCAAGAAGCCUCUCCCCCUCAACCCAUCACGCUCACCACUGAUGGUAUCAGAACAACGGACUAGACCCCCGUCCACACCCCCCCAGAGGCCUCUUCCUUUUAGCCCUGCUCGUGGAGCACAGCCCAAACCCUCUGGUGGAGGGCUCAUGGUGAUGACGCCCCCUUCCGUUGGCCCCAAGCCUGUUGGAAAAGUGACCGCUGUUCCCCCUUUAAAGGCAUUCCGACCUGUUUCAGGACCCAAACCACUCAUAGUUCCAUCUGCUUUCCGAAAAUGACGCUUGCAGGAUUCAUUUUUAAAGACUGCAGCCAGCCUAUUUGCACUAAAUAAAGACCCUUGGCGACUGGUACUAUAGUGAGCUGUCUCACAAGGGAUGGAAGAGCAUGGUGCUAGGGCCCUGGAUGAGGCCUCGCAAACCGGCGCCCAAAUACAGCCGGACACAGCAGAGAUGACGCGGUUUCGCAUGAAAACAUGCAGACUGAGAACGUUUCGGAUGGACCAUCACAUUGCCAAAACCUUGACUUUUUAUCACCUUGCAAUUUUUUGUACUUAAUCGUUGUUGCGUUUUAGUGUUAUGCCUCCGUCUUGUUUACAUUUUUUGUUUGACUAUCAUCUAUUUGUCAAGUGCCAAAGAUGUUGUUUCGUUUAGGCCUCGAUUGUUGAAUUUGUUGUACUGUGCUGUAUGUGAUUUUGCGUUUGGUACAUAAAAUAUGUUAUACCUUUUUAGUAAAGACACCAUGUUGUUGUGGUUGUCCUCACUUUAUGGCAGACUUUACAUCAGGUCUAAUUCUUCACAUCAGGUUAAAAUCAGAGAUUUGCAGUGAACAGUGAAUUCUAUAUGAGAAUAAUGGUUGUAAAAAGGAAUAAUGUUGUAAUUAAAAAAAAAAACGGAAGAUUAAGUGUGUAAUUUCUGUGCAAAAUUGAUGCAAAAACAAUGACAAAUAAGUUAUCUAAAUAGUUGUGGUAUUUUAAAAUUGUUUAUAAUUUUAAACUGGUUUCCUGAACAAAGACUAGGACUAGGUUUAGUCUUACGUUAGACUACUAUGAAAACCUGUCACUAAAGACUAAUUUAGUAUUUAGAUUUAGACCAUAAACGUGUCUUUUUGUUCAAAUUUUGAAACUGGCUUAUUAAAA